UGGAACCUUUGGAAGUGGAUUCCCCCUUGGUUUACCAUGGAAGCCAUCAGUGCAUUUCUCAAAGCUCUGUGAACUUCAUGAAGACAGUUCACCAGGAUUUCAUCAAACUUCAUUCACGUAGAGACGCUGAUUCACUGAUGGAGGAAGAAAAGCCGAGUAUCACCGGCAGCAGCAGAAUGACGACACCGGCAGGGACCUGCAACAUCACAGACAGGUGUCCAAAUGAGGGUGGAGUCGAUUGCACUUCAGGACAGCUGGAUCAGCCCAGGCAAGUUGAAGAUAAGCGCUGCCUCUGUGACCAGUGUGGAAACAGGUUUAGUAGCUUGUGGGCUCUGAAGACCCAUCAGCGCAUCCACGCAGGAGAGAAACCCUACUCCUGUGGUGUGUGUGAAAAGAGUUUCACCAGUUCAUCAUAUUUGAAGAUCCAUCAGGGCAUCCACGCAGGAGAGAAACCCUACUCCUGUGGUGUGUGUGAAAAGAGUUUCACCAGUUCAUCAUAUUUGAAGAUCCAUCAGCGCAUCCACGCAGGAGAGAAACCCUACUCCUGUGGUGUGUGUGAAAAGCGUUUCACUCGCUCAUCACAUUUGAAGACCCAUCAGCGCAUCCACGCAGGAGAGAAACCCUACUCCUGUGGUGUGUGUGAAAAGAGUUUCACCAGUUCAUCAUAUUUGAAGAUCCAUCAGCGCAUCCACGCAGGAGAGAAACCCUACUCCUGUGGUGUGUGUGAAAAGCGUUUCACUCGCUCAUCACAUUUGAAGAUCCAUCAGCACAUCCACACAGGAGAGAAACCCUACUCCUGUGGUGUGUGUGAAAAGCGUUUCAUCCAGUCAUCACAAUUGAAGACCCAUCAGCGCAUCCACGCAGGAGAGAAACCCUACUCCUGUGGUGUGUGUGAAAAGAGUUUCACCAGUUCAUCAUAUUUGAAGAUCCAUCAGCGCAUCCACGCAGGAGAGAAACCCUACUCCUGUGGUGUGUGUGAAAAGAGUUUCACCAGUUCAUCAUAUUUGAAGACCCAUCAGCGCAUCCACGCAGGAGAGAAACCCUACUCCUGUGGUGUGUGUGAAAAGCGUUUCACUCGCUCAUCACAUUUGAAGACCCAUCAGCGCAUCCACGCAGGAGAGAACCCCUACUCCUGUGGUGUGUGUGAAAAGAGUUUCACCAGUUCAUCAUAUUUGAAGAUCCAUCAGCGCAUCCACGCAGGAGAGAAACCCUACUCCUGUGGUGUGUGUGAAAAGCGUUUCACUCGCUCAUCACAUUUGAAGAUCCAUCAGCACAUCUACACAGGAGAGAAACCCUACUCCUGUGGUGUGUGUGAAAAGAGUUUCACCAGUUCAUCAUAUUUGAAGAUGCAUCAGCGCAUCCACGCAGGAGAGAAACACUACUCCUGUGGUGUGUGUGAAAAGCGUUUCACUCGCUCAUCACAUUUGAAGAUCCAUCAGCACAUCCACUCAGGAGAGAAACCCUACUCCUGUGGUGUGUGUGAAAAGAGUUUCACCAGUUCAUCAUAUUUGAAGAUCCAUCAGCGCAUCCACGCAGGAGAGAAACCCUACUCCUGUGGUGUGUGUGAAAAGCGUUUCACUCGCUCAUCACAUUUGAAGAUCCAUCAGCACAUCUACACAGGAGAGAAACCCUACUCCUGUGGUGUGUGUGAAAAGAGUUUCACCAGUUCAUCAUAUUUGAAGAUGCAUCAGCGCAUCCACGCAGGAGAGAAACUCUACUCCUGUGGUGUGUGUGAAAAGCGUUUCACUCGCUCAUCACAUUUGAAGAUCCAUCAGCACAUCCACACAGGAGAGAAACCCUACUCCUGUGGUGUGUGUGAAAAGCGUUUCACUUGGUCAUCAAAUUUGAAGAUGCAUCAGCGCACCCACGCAGGAGAGAAACCCUACUCCUGUGGUGUGUGUGAAAAGCGUUUCACUUGGUCAUCAAAUUUGAAGAUGCAUCAGCGCACCCACGCAGGAGAGAAACCCUACUCCUGUGGUGUGUGUGAAAAGAGUUUCACCAGUUCAUCAUAUUUGAAGAUGCAUCAGCGCACCCACGCAGGAGAGAAACCCUACUCCUGUGGUGUGUGUGAAAAGCGUUUCACUCGGUCAUCAACUUUGAAGAUCCAUCAGCGCACCCACACAGGAGAGAAACCCUACCCCUCUUAUGUAUGUUUCGCUGGGUCAUCAAAUCUGAAGGUUCAUCAGCAUACCCACCCAGAGAGAAACAUUACAGCUGCCACUGAUCCACGAGGGAAUUCAGUGAGCCAUCAAAUUUCCCAUAUCAUAAGAAGUCCCGUUGACCCUGCCCUCGAAGCUUCAGCAGCAUUUCAGGAGCAUAUUUUAAAUCAGUGAAACAUUAAUAAAAAAAAAAAAAACUUUGUUAAAAAAUGUUAUUAAACUAUUAAAUUAAUA